GGGCGGCGGAGUCUGAGGGCCGGAGCGGAGCGGAGGCGACGCGGGGAGGGGCGAGGGAUCGCGGCCGGUGGCUGGGGGCCACCUGCUCCCCGAGCACCGGCCCCCGCUCCGGGGAGCAGAGUCCGGAGCGGGAUCCGCGGCCCACAGGUUCGCAGGUCGGGCCCGGGGACGCUGCGGACUAGCGGGCGGGAGGCGGGGAUUCUGCACCCCGGCCCCAGGCCGUCCAGUGGCCGCCCUCGAGGUUGCGAGGGGCGGUGUUGAAGAAUGUGUGGGCGAACAUCCUGUCACUUACCUAGAGAUGUUCUCACGAGAGCUUGCGCCUACCAGGAUCGGCGGGGCCAGCAGCGGCUCCCGGAGUGGAGGGACCCUGAUAAGUACUGCCCAUCUUACAACAAGAGUCCUCAAUCCAACAGCCCAGUGCUUCUGUCUCGACUUCACUUUGAGAAGGAUGCAGACUCAUCUGAGCGUAUCAUUGCUCCCAUGCGCUGGGGCUUGGUCCCUUCUUGGUUCAAAGAAAGUGAUCCUUCCAAGCUGCAGUUCAAUACUACCAACUGUCGUAGUGAUACCAUAAUGGAGAAACGGUCAUUUAAGGUGCCUCUGAGAAAGGGAAGACGCUGUGUCGUUUUAGCAGAUGGAUUCUAUGAGUGGCAGCGAUGUCAAGGAACAAACCAGAGGCAGCCAUACUUCAUCUAUUUUCCUCAGAUCAAGACAGAGAAGUCAGGUAGCAUUGGUGCUGCAGAUAGUCCUGAGAACUGGGAGAAAGUCUGGGACAACUGGAGGCUGCUGACAAUGGCUGGGAUCUUUGACUGCUGGGAGCCCCCAGAGGGAGGAGAUGUCCUGUAUUCCUAUACCAUCAUCACAGUGGAUUCCUGCAAAGGCUUGAGUGACAUCCACCACAGGAUGCCUGCCAUAUUAGAUGGAGAGGAGGCAGUUUCUAAAUGGCUUGACUUUGGUGAAGUGUCAACUCAGGAAGCUCUGAAAUUAAUCCACCCAACAGAGAACAUCACCUUCCAUGCAGUCUCUUCUGUGGUGAACAACUCGCGAAACAACACUCCUGAGUGUCUGGCUCCUGUCGACUUGGUGGUCAAAAAGGAGCUCAAGGCAAGUGGCAGUAGCCAGAGGAUGUUGCAGUGGUUGGCCACAAAGUCACCCAAAAAGGAAGACUCAAAAACACCUCAAAAGGAAGAGUCAGAUGUUCCCCAGUGGUCCAGUCAGUUCCUGCAGAAGAGUCCACUCCCCACCAAGAGAGGCACUGCAGGACUCCUAGAGCAAUGGCUGAAGCGGGAGAAGGAGGAGGAACCUGUGGCCAAGCGUCCUUACAGCCAGUGACACAGGACUUUCAGAGACCAAGGCCAGGGUCUGCUGCACUGCUGUUCUGAUAAUAGGUUCUUAACAUUGUAUGUAUGUGUGUUUGCUUUGGGAGGAGGUGGCACGGUGUUAGUUGACAGUUGUGGGCUCAUGUAGUCUUUUUCGCCAUGAGUAGGAGCCCCUAGUGGGGCUGGUGGACAGCUUUGGAAGAGGUGUCCUGCUGCUGUCACCAGCCAUGUGGGCCCCAUAGGGGCACUGCGCCUGCUGCCCUUUCCUGGCAGGGCUGGUGGAGUCUUCCCUCAAAGCAUGCCUUACCCAGCUGGGAAGUCUCUGCCCUGAUCUGGUACUCCUCGUAGUAAGCUGUUUUCUGCUCAGCCACUGGGCUCUUUCAGUUUUUUAGUUCUUAAAAAUUUAUUUUUAAGUUCUAAAAUAAAAUAAAAAUAAGUUCUUAAAAUUUAUUUUUUUCCUGAAUAAAUUAUAUUUGGUAAACUUCUGCCUACAUUUUGGAAAGUGAUGCUGGUGGGGAAAGUUCUAGAUCUUACUUGGUUUCUUUUAGAAUCAGUCUUCAGGAAUGGAUUUUGUCACAAAUGGGGCAUGGGGGCUUUCUGAGGAAAUAACUACAAGUCUUGGUGGUGGGCUCCUUAUUAUGUUUCUUUUUCUUUCAUUCUUGAUACUUGGAAGUUGUCUGAAUCGUUUAGCUUCAAACCAGCCUGAGUUUGAGUGCUUGCCGUAGCAGAACCUAUCCUUACCACAGGUGGGAAGGAAAGGACCAGUUUCUAGCAGUGUCGGGCCACUCCUCUUUCGAACAUCCCUAAGGGAGGCAUUCACAAAAGCUGUCCCAAGCAGCUGGAAGAAAACAGCUUCCGAGAUGACCAGGAGGACUGGGCGGCGCCGAGCCCAGAACGCUCCUGGCGCAGCACCGUUGGCCGAUUGCUGCUGGUGGAGGGGCGGGGGUGCAGGCCCCAGUCUCUAUGCAAAUCAGGGAUCAGAAGAUCGGAAUUUCCACCAAUCAGCGGGAAGCCUCGGCCCUGUAACUGCUAAUGGGAGACAGCAGCGCCACGCCACAGGCUUUUCCCCUGGUUUCGGGAGGGGUGGGGAGCCAGGUGGGGCUCCCGCCCAGACCCUUUCCCGAGGUCCGCCCUCUCCGCCUUUUCUCUAAAUUCCUCUUUUGAGUGCCCUCCCUUCCGGUUGAGAGGCGGGGGUUGGCCCGUAGUUAUACACUCAGUCACCCUGCACUGUGGAGGCGGGGGCCUCCCUUGUGGACUGAUUUGCGUGGGAUUUGGUUGUUUUAUUAAGAGAUUUAAAAAAUUCAGAUGACUUACUAGUAUGACUGUUUUGUCAUAUUUGCUUCCAGGUUAAUAAAUGACAAAAAUGAAA